AAAAUAGUAUAGAUUUGAACUUUAAAGUUGCUGGUAGCCCGCAGGCUCGUUAGGGUUGAGUUUCUUUGCUAAAGGCGACAUGAAUUUGGGCCCGGCGUGGUCCAUGGUCUGCACGAAAUUUCUGUUCUGCUGCCUGCUCCCGCCCAGAGAGAUAGAUAGAGAGAGAGGGAGAGAGAGUUUUGAGUUGGGGCAGCAAUGAAAGAAACGGAAGGGAAGAAAGGGUUGGUAACACCGGGAGAAGUGCUGGGGAAGGCUUCUGAUGUGAUUCCAGGAAGGGGUGCUUACGUCCACCAUAACACCGUCUACGCCUCCAUUGUCGGUCGCGCCGUCACCAUUCCCCCUUCGCCUGAUUCCCCCGACCAGAGACCAAAUGUGGAAGUUACUGGUCAUAAGGCGCAUGGUGCAGUUCCUGAGCCUGGUUCUAUAGUCUUUGCUCGGGUUACUAAAGUGAUGGCUAGAAUGGCUUCAGCUGAUAUCAUGUGUGUUGCCUCCAAGUCGGUGAGAGAAAAGUUUACAGGCAUUAUUAGGCAGCAAGAUGUUAGAGCAACUGAAAUUGACAAAGUGGAUAUGCACUCUUCCUUUCGCCCAGGCGACAUUGUGAGAGCUUUAGUGCUUUCUCUUGGAGAUGCACGUGCAUAUUAUCUAUCCACCGCAAAGAAUGAGCUGGGUGUUGUGUCUGCAGAGAGCACAGCAGGUGCAACAAUGGUUCCAAUCAGUUGGACAGAGGUCCAAUGCCCUGUGACGGGACAAAUUGAGCACAGAAAGGUUGCCAAGGUUUAAAAAAUUGCUAGAGUUGGAAAGCCUGGUAUCUGUAUUUGAAUCAAUAUGCUCUAUGUUGGUCUCAUCAGCAAGUUUUGAAGAAUGUAAUCUCUGCCACAGAUGACAUCACAUAUUGAGCAUAAACACAUUUAGUUGUUGAGUUAAA